AUGAGACUCCCCGCUGUGCUCUCGCUCGUCGCCAUAGUGACCACUCUGACUCUUGCAGCCCCCAGCAAGCACCAGCCCGCAAAUAUCCUCGAAAUUGUGUGGGACGACGAGAUCGUUCCGGCUUUGAUUCCAAUCUUUGGUAUGGAAUGCACCGACCAACUGACCCGUACGGUCUGGACAACCAUCAAGGAUUGCAACGUCAGCCAGAAAGCCCUCGGCGAUCUGGUGGUCGAGGCAUCCACCACCAUGGUGUAUGACAAGCAAAUCGUCAGCGAUCUCGAGAGCAAGCUCAACAUGAUCGUUAUCAACUUCAACGGCCAGCUCUGCAAGAAUGCAACCUGCUACAACGGCAUCAAGGAUGAGUAUAUCAUGCUCUACAAGAAGUGUCCCAAGCUCAUCCACAGCUACAUGUCCGAGUUUGCCGGCCUCGAUCAGUCGGCCUAUAACGCCACCAUCACCCGUCUGCUCAUGCCCGCCACCAACCCCUUGUGCAUGCAUGACCCAACCACCAACAACUACUGUGGCGUUCAGAUCGUCGAGGACAUCGAGAAGCUUUGGACGCCCAUGAUCUGGAACAGCUCCUAUCAUGUCGACCGACGAGAUUUCAUUUGCACUAGGCAAGUCACAUUCGCGUUGCUGUCCUCCAAUACAUCUGUUGUCAGUCUUGGCAACCAGACCAUCACCAACAGCUACAACCAAAAGUGCCCCAACACCACGGCUGCCAACCACUAA